GAUCUCAUAUUUCGGGGAUGAGAUGUAUCCAGAAUAUCCUCCGGUUGUAUAUUGUUUUAUGUGAAUAGAUUAGUAUCAAUAAUCCGAUCAUAAUUUGUCAUAUUAGAGUAAAUAUUAACAACAAAGGGUCUGUAUAAUGCUGAAAUGUAUGCACACAUUGCUCUGACAGCUGGUGUCCUGGCGACCAUCUUAAUAAUAACAGGAACAUUCACUCCUUUUUGGACAGUAAUAUCCGGUUCAGUCUGGUCACAAUCUAUUGACUCAUCAUGGACAAAUAAUUCCAUGACCUCAUUAGGUCUAGGACUUUGGUUCCAACAGAUGUGCACCACUGAUGGCUGUGUGACUUCAUUUUAUCCAUCAGACAUGUACAACGUCCAUGUCAUGGACAUGACAGGGUUAACAGAGUUCCGAAUGUAUACCAGUUGCGGAAUCCUUUUGAGCAUUUCUGCCUGUAUCCUGUGUUUUCUUCAUAUCAAAGAGAAGAGUCCCAAACUGACAGGAUUUGCAUCUUCGUUGAUGUUCCUUUUUUCAGGCAUAAUGAUCUGGUUACCGGCUGGAAAGAUGAUACACAGAUAUGUUCUGUUCGAUACCAAUCUAGACGAGGUCGGUAUACCGGACAACCCUCUUCAGUUCCCGUACUCCGCCAUUAUCUGUGGCGUUGGUGGCAUUAUGAAUGGCUUUUGCAUAUUUCUUGUGGCAGGCAGUGUUCGAAAGAUGUGGAACUACACGUCCGAAUUUAGACAUAAGAGAUUGGAGCUAAAUACAUUUGUUCAAUUGUAGACAGUUUAAUUGUAUACAAUGUAUACAUAACACAAUAUUAUACAGAUCACAUGCAAUCGAAAAGUAAUCAUACAGAAAACUUCUCGAGUUUAUUGUAUUCCGUGUUGUUUGUUUAUGUUAUGGGAUUAACUUUGUAUCGUUUACUGGCAACAUUUGAUAUGAAUGAUCAUUGCAUGUUUAAAGUACACACACAUUGACCUGAUAUCACUGUUCCUCAUGAAUAUUUAAAUAGAAAUUGCCGAAAUUGUAAUUAAUUAUUCAUACGACCUAUUCAACCUGUUCUUGUUUCCAAUGUAUACAACGACUCAAACUUAUUUCUUUUACAUUUUUUAGAAAAAAAAUAUUUCACUUAAAUCAUUAUGGUUUAUGCUUAUUGUUGAUAUUUUAGUUCAUU